AUGGCUAUGGCUUUCAAGAUGGCUACGACCGGCAUGUGGGUGACGGAGGAAUGCAAGAACUCAUUCAUGGAGAUGAAGUGGAAGAAGGUUCAUAGGUACAUCGUGUUCAAGAUUGACGAGGGAUCGAAGCUGGUGACGGUGGACAAAGUUGGUGGUGCCGGUGAAGGUUACGAUGAUUUAGCUGCAUCCCUCCCGGAGGAUGAUUGCCGAUAUGCUGUGUUUGAUUUCGACUUUGUUACAGUCGAUAAUUGCCGCAAAAGCAAGAUCUUCUUCAUUGCAUGGGCACCAUCGGCAUCAAGAAUUAGAGCCAAAAUGCUUUACGCAACGUCGAAAGAUGGACUAAGGAGGGCAUUAGAUGGGAUCCACUAUGAAGUGCAAGCUACGGAUCCAACCGAGAUGGGAUUUGAUGUGAUUAAGGACAGAGCCAAAUAA